AUGGUCCUCAUCGACAUCAGAAUUAUCCUACAAUCUUUUGGAAAGAUACUUAGUGAUUACGGUCUUUUAGAUUUGAAUGAAAAUGUUAAUUUACAAGCCAAAGGUUGUCGUGAGGUGCAAGAAGAAUACUCUAUACCUGUGGAAAACAAAGACUUACAUGCAAAAGACUCCCUCAAUCCUAACUGGAAAUUUGCAUAUGAUCAGAUAAUAAGGCACGUGGAAGAAAACAUUAUGGGUGUGUUCUUCAUAGAUGGUCAUGGUGCAACUAGAAAGAUGUUUUUGUACAGAGCUUUAUUAGCCAAUACCUGUGCCUGUGGUCUCAUUUCACUUACGACAACUAUGUCAGGUGUUGCGACUAAUAACAUACCAGGAGGGAGAACAACCCACUCACGAUUUAAAAUUCCUCCCAAUCUUGACAAUAACUCGAUGUGCAAAAUCAAUAAACAAAGUGGGGCAGCUCAUCUACUUCGUGAGGCAAAGGUAAUCAUAUGGGAUGAAGCAUCAAUAGCUAAGAGGCAAGAAGUGGAGGCAGUUGAUCGAACAAUCCAAGACAUCACAGGUGAGAAACUCUUAUUCGGUGGAAAGAUAAGGAUUAUGGGAGGUGAAUUUAGACAGGUGUUGUCGGUUGUUAAACAUGGCACACGAGCACAAAUUGAAGACUCUAGCUUACGAAUGUCACCUCUUUGGCCAUCGAUUUAA